UAACGUAGAAACAUUGAAACUGAUUGAGAAUUUGAGAGAGCUAGAAAGAUAAGUUUAGAGUUUAGAGAGAAAGACUGAAAGAGAGAGAUGGUGAACAUAGUAAGUUGCUACAUGUCCAUGCUACACAAAAUUAUGAAGUUAGCAGGGAUGCACCCUAAGGAAGUAGAGAUCGAGCCCGGAACAGUCAUUCAUUUCUGGGUUAAUAAUAAUAAUGACAACGACGACGACGACAACAACGCGAAGAAGAAGUCGAGGCGGCGGCCGGCUCUAGUUCUAAUCCAUGGUUUUGCAGGUGAUGGUAUACUAACAUGGCAGUUCCAAGUUUUAGCCCUAAGGAAAAAAUAUUCCCUUUAUAUCCCUGACCUUCUCUUCUUUGGUGGGUCCCACACAACAAGCAAAGCCAAGAUAACUCCACGAUUUCAUGCAGAUUGUUUUGCAAAAGGGCUAAGGAAAUUGGGUGUUGAGGAGAAGUGUGUGGUGGUUGGGUUUAGUUAUGGUGGGUUUGUAGGGUUUCAAAUGGCUGAACACCACCCGGAAUUGGUGGAUUCAAUGGUGGUUACCGGGUCGGUUUUGGCCUUGUCUGAGUCCAUUAGUAGCAAGUCUUUGGAGAGGAUAGGGUUUUCUUCUUGGCCGGAUUAUUUGAUGCCUAAUUCCGUUGAAGGUGUCAAAGUUCUUCUUGAUAUUGGUUCUUAUAGCUUUCCUUGGAUGCCUAAAGUCUUCUAUAAACACUACCUAGAGGUCAUGUUUGGCAAUAGGAAGGAGAGAGUUGAAUUAUUAGAGGCUCUCGUGGUUAAAGAUGAAGACGUCACCAACCAUCAAUUUAAACAGAGGAUACACCUACUAUGGGGUAAUGAAGACGAAAUAUUCAAUCUAGAGGAAGCUAACAACCUAAAAGGAAAAUUGGGAGGGAAGACUGAGUUGCGAGUUGUAAAGAAGGCAGGUCAUCUAGCUCCAUUGGAAAGGCCGUGCGCCUUCACCAAAUGCCUCGUCAAAAUGCUAGACUCUCUGGCAAUUGACAACAAACACGCUUCUGGCUAGCUUGCUACGGACUAUAAUUAGUUUGCUUUGUGAACUUUGUUAUCUAAACUUUCUGUGCAUGUCCAAGUAUAUAGAACCAAUUCUUGUUAUUCCAAUUUCCAAAUAAUAAGUUGUACAAUACAUGUUUGCUCAUGAUCUCAUUUUAGGGUAGCAACUAGCAACAGGUUUAACGUGGCCCACGUGGAUUAUUUUUAUGUAGACCAGAUUCAUUUAACAAUUUGUGCUUAUUCAAGAGUUGCGAUGACAUAAA